CCCAAACCUUCGGUUUCGAUUCCCGGUGCUGCCGGCGGGGCGGCAGCCGCGCAGAUCCGCCCCGCCCCGCUUAGCUUCUUAGUUUUUUCUCCUCCGGACCCGUCGAGUUAGAGCGAAAGGGGAACGAUGAGUGACCCGUCGGUGUGCAGCUUCCUCACCAAGACCCUGUGCGCGCACGGUGGGCGGCUGGCGCUGAGAGACCUGCAGCAGCACGUCGGUCUCUCGGCGCAGCAGCUGGAGGAGACGCUGUCGGCAGUGGGUCCCCAGCGGUUCCUGGUGCAGCGGGACGGCGACGGCGUGUGGGUGCUGGCCGUGUCGGCCGUGCGGGUCUGCGUCCGCAAGGAGUGCGGGGGCUGCGACCGGCUGCAUCUCUGCAAGCUGCAUCUCAUGGGCAAGUGCAACCUGGGGUCCAGAUCUUGUAAGUACCCGCACGACAUCAUCAAUGAUGAGAACAAAAAAGUUCUAAAGUCCCAUGAGUUGUCUAGCCUUGAUGAGAAUGAGCUGCGAGUCCUGCUUCUCCAAAAUGACCCUUUCUUCCUCCCUGAUAUCUGCCAACUUUACAACAGAAAGGAUAGUAACUGCAGCCAGCAAAAUAACUGCAACAGGCUUCAUAUUUGUCGACACUUUCUCAAAGGGGAAUGUAGAUUUUUUUGGUGCAAGAGGUCCCAUAACCUCUUGGAUACCAAUUCAUUGGAAGUGUUGGAAACUGGAGGCAUUGAUGUGAAGAUAGCUUCAAACAUGCAGACUAUAUGUAAUCACAAGCAUAUGGAGUUCAACAAGGAACUGAAGAAGGGGAAAAGUCCCAGAAGCCAUGUACCUGGUCAGAGACAACACCAGUCUGCAACAGGAACUGGAGGUAAAGAUGAAGAUAGGUGCCAUUACACGGGUGGUGUGAGCUACCCCAGCGGGCAGCUGGGCACCACACAGCCACAUGCUCACUUCCCCUUCACCACUGGUGGAUCAGGGGAAGAGGAAAAAAAGAAAGCAACAACAAGAAAACCUGAGCGUCAAGAAGAGGGGAAAGUGAAGGAUAAAGGUGAUUCCUCUGCUAAAGGUCCAAAGGGCAACAAAGAAGAUAACUGUGAUCAGAUAUGUGUGUUCUAUGUCUGGAAGUACUGCAAGCAUAAAGAUAAAUGCAAAUUUGUUCAUUACCACUUGCCCUAUCGAUGGCAGGUAUAUAAUGGGGUGACCUGGAAUGACCUCGCCAUGAUGGAGGAAGUUGAAAAGGCCUAUUGUGACCCACAGACUAGCAGUAUAGCGGGUAAGAACAUUGAUUUCCAGACAAUGACCUGCUGCUCUUCUCCACUUCGACGCCUUUCUACACCAUCAUCAGUUACAAAACCCACAUUUGUAUUGACCACGCAGUGGCUUUGGUAUUGGAAGAAUGACAAAGGCCAGUGGAUUGAAUAUGGAGAACAGGGAGAAGGGGAUAGUGCGAGCUCACCAUCUUCUGCUGUUAUUGAGAAUUUGUAUCUAGGAGAUCCAGAUGGCACCGUGUUUUUCCAGGCUGGCUUGUAUAAGUACGAGCUCAAUUUUAAAGAAAUGACCCAGACAAACACCUCUUCUAAAACUCGAAGAUGGGUCUGCAGGCGACCAAAGUUUGUGUCUUCUGAAGAUGUGCAGAAGAUAAAGAAAGGCCAGAAGGAUUCUUCUAUUCCCAGUCAGUCCUGUCCUGUCCACUGGGAUCAGUCUGCACUGCCUGACUUCGGAUACAAGGCAGUGGAGAUCAGUGAUACAACUGCUGAAUACAACCAAAUAAAGCAGCUGUUUCAUCAGACUAUGAAGAAAUACAGCAUCCUUAAAAUAAAGAGGAUUCAGAAUCCAUCCCUCUGGAAAGUGUUUCAGUGGCAAAAGGAACAGAUGAAAAGGGAAAACGGAGGGAAGGAAGUAAAAGAAAAGCUCCUUUUCCAUGGAACCAAGACCUCCUUUGUGGAAUCCAUCUGUAGUCACAAUUUUGACUGGAGAAUCUGUGGAAGCAAUGGAACUGUCUAUGGGAAGGGAAGUUACUUUGCUAGAGACGCUUCCUAUUCCCACUCAUACUGUGAGCUCACGGUGAAAAAAAAAAUCAUGUUUGUGGCUCGUGUGUUGGUUGGAGAUUACGUUAACGGCAAUUCAGCCUAUGUGCGCCCCCCGACAAAGUCUGUUGAUGGGCUCCGGUUUUAUGACAGUUGUGUGGACAACCAGACAAAUCCCUCCAUUUUUGUUGUCUUUGAAAAAUACCAGAUUUAUCCAGAGUUUACAAUAGAGUACACAGAGGAAGAAAAAAAAUGUAUUGUGUCUUAAGGGGAUCAGAGCUAUUUGUAUCCCUUGUCGUAUUUUCUGUACUGCAAGUGUUCCUAUACU